UACCUCCGAGUUAAGUCGGAAAGCAAAAAGGUUGACGUCAAAAUUAUUAGUACCUGCCAUAAAAUAUGCAAUUAAAUUGUUUAAACAGUGGGGAUAAUUUCCGUGAGUCAAUAGGAUCGAAAGAUUGACGAAAUUUGGGAUUCUAUUUUUGAGGAAGGAAAUAUUUCCGAUUACAUUAUUAAUCACUGGGUUUAAUCCGGAACGGCGAUAGUAACAGGAAAAUCGAUACGUCAAUAAGUUUGUAAACAAAACUCCGUUUUAUUAACGACGGCCACGUUAUAAACAAUUUUAACGGCAGUGCGAACAUCGUCUCGUUUAUUUUAACAGCCACUUUCUUGAAUCAGGUUUUUCCAGCUCGGGGUCUAACAUCGUUCAACAAAAAAAAAACGAUUUUGUUCUGAUCAAUUUUAUUGUAUUGUUCCGGGCUCUAGUCACGAUCUCAGAUGUUUUAAAAUACAGUCAUUUCGCGCUGCAGUCUACCCAUCUCUCAAAUACGGAUCUUAAAUAAAAUUCUAAUGAAAAACAAGUGUUUUGUGAGAAGCUUAUAAAGGUUGCGGACGAUUAUUACGAAUUUAAAAUCAUAUGCGUGUGAAAAAUAGGAAGAAAAAAACAAAUCCCGUCAUUAUUGAAGAGUGAAAAGUGAGAUUCUGCUAAGUAGAUUUUGAAAAAUGAAGCUCUAUACAAUUUUGACAAUAACGUUCUAUUUUACAACCCCAGUAUUAUUGCAACAGAGAUUUAGUAUUUCUGACUCCAUAAAUGCUUUUGCUGUAGAUCUACUUGCGGCCACUAGCAACGAAGCUGGCGAUGAUUUAAACAUUGCUUUAUCCCCUUAUACAGUGUGGACACUUUUAACGAUAGUGUCGGAAGGGGCGCUUGAGAAUACGGCCAGGCAAUUAGACGCUGUAUUACGGCUGCCGUCAAAUAAAAACGCCAUUAGAAGUUCCUUCCAAAAUCUAUCGAGAUUAUUGGAGACCAAAUCGAACGGAGCAAUUUUACAGCUGUCAAACGCGAUAUUUACCAAUCAACAUUUCCCCGUUAAAGAGCAAUUCACUCGAACAUCAAAGCAGUUUUACAAUGUAGGAAUCAAUCCGGUCGACUUUAAAAAUACUAAAGAAGCGGCAGAUGCAAUUAACAAACAUGUGGCGAAAUCCACCGGGAACAGAAUCACUGAAUUAAUUAAUGAGGGAGACAUCAGAAACGCACAACUUUUUUUAACUAGCACGAUGUUCUUCAAAGGUGAAUGGAAGAGUCCAUUCAAUAAAUCGGCGACACACAUUGACACGUUUUAUGACGAAAAGAAAAAUAAAAUAAAGGUAGAUAUGAUGUACCAAUUAGGAGUAUACCCGUAUUCGAGAUUUGACGAUCUUAAAGCAGAAGUUCUACAAUUGCCUUACGGAUUCGAUGGCAAAUUCUCAAUGCUAAUAAUAUUACCCAGAGGCGGCCAGAAUGUGGCGAAUUUGCUAGGCGCGCUAUCAAGAACAUCAUUCUCCAGCAUUCUAGAUGCAUUAGACCAAGCUGCAUAUGAAUAUUCAGAAGAAGACAUUCAUGUUUACUUACCAAAAUUCAAGGUGACUUCCGAUUUUAAUUUGGAUAGAGUUUUAGAUAAGAUGGGAGCAAAAGACGUGUUUGAUCCUCUGAGAGCGAAUCUACUUGGAAUAUUUCCGCAUUAUUUGUAUCUAUCGAGACUGGUCCAGAAGGCAGAAAUUGAAGUGGACGAAGAAGGAACAGUAGCCGCUGCUGCAUCAGGUGCUGCUUUUCCAAACAGAUCUCCCCCUCCAAAAUUCAGGGCAAACAAACCAUUCCUGUACGUCAUUGUUGACAAUCCGACCAGGAGUAUAGUGUUUAUUGGCAAAAUAAGCAACCCAAAAUAUAACUAAAAUUAUUAAUUUAUUUUUUAUUUAAAAUAAAACAAUAAAAAAAAUCGCUUUAAGGAAAUAAAACAUCUUGAACUA